AUGGUACCGUGGCAGACUUUUCCUCUUCUUCUGUUUCUUGUAUUCCGUCUGGCGCUAGAGAGAAGAGUCGCUUUGGCUUUGGCGGAAAAUCUCCUGCUCAUUGGUCUAAGACAACGGGUAGAGCUCACUUGGACGACAAUUCUGGUAAUUGUGACUGUCUUCGUCGCAUCGGCUUUCUUCCAGACUCAAUCAGAGUACACUGAUUCAGUGCAAAGCACAUAUUCUGGUGCAGCCCCAUCUGGCUGCCCAGUCAAUGGUUGGGAUGGCAAAAGCGGAUGCCGUGCGGAUACCCUUCGUCAACAGGAUCAAAACUCGAAGUACUGCCCUCUCCGGAAAUCUCGGGUUCCAGAGGACAAUGACGAUCUCCAAAUCGGAAAGGCUUUUCACGGGCGGGUUACAAUGUUCCCGUGCGACCUUCGACACCUGCGUCGGUCCGGCUUCAAAGACGACUAUCACCAUUCGUAUCUCUACGUAGGUUACCCAGUCGGCCUCCGAGCCUGUUAUAGCCCGUUGAUUACUGUUGAGCCACCAUUCCGACCUCGAUCCUUGCUGCCUACCACAAAAGCAUGGUUCAGUAUCAGACCCGAAGAUCACGCCCUCAACGGCGGCGCAAACCUGUCGAUGACUCAAAAGCUAGAGGAGUUUCUCUUGUCCGAGGGAGAGGAUCCUGCUGAAUGGCCAUAUGCGUAUCUUUUAACGCCGCCAAGUGUCACUUGGCAGUUGAAUAAUCCACUUUCGUUCUGGUACCUGUACAACAGCAAAUGGGAGCUCACCGCAAUGAUUGUGCAACUGCAGACGUCAUAUGGCGAGCGGAGGCUGUGGCUCACGCGAAACUGCCGGACGACUACGUCCGGGAAUGGCCCUUACUGCUUUCAAGGGAAAUUUAACAAGGAUCUUCAAGUCUCGCCAUUCACACCCACCAUGGCAAGCUAUGUGAUUAACUCGUCUGAUCCUUGUGCAGCUCCCGUGGAUAAGCUGAAGAUCAUGGUCACACUGAAAGACGGGAACGAAACAGUCAUGCACGGUGUGGUCAACUCUACCGGUUUGCCCCUUGACGCUGCCACUGCGAAAUUAGCUUCUUCUAUGCGUUUUCUUAUGACCUGGUGGUGGGUUCCAAUGUGCAGCGUGGUGGUCUUCCGGAUUCUCUUCAAAGCGGCGAAGAUAUAUUUGACGCACAAUGAGAAGGAGCUUAACACCCAGACAAGAGCAGAGCCUACGACAACUGCGAUAUCCAAGUCUGCACGGCUAUCCGAAAGGUAA